AUGAGGCGCUUCCCACAGAUCACGACCGACGUGGUGGCGCUGCUUGAUGAGUGGGCGGCGCGCUUUUUCGAGGAGCUGGAUUACGUGAGGGAGGGGGGCAACGCGACGCGGUUCGCCGCCCAGAUGGCCAAGGACCUGCCGCAGGCGCGUGAUCUGGGGGGCGCGUGA